AUGACAGAAUUAAAUAGUAAUAAUAAUAAUACGGAAAACAUAGAAAACCAACAAAAUAAUAAUAAUAAUACCAAUAAUGCAGUUGUAUUUGGAUCAAAAUAUAAACAUAAUUUAAGAUCCACAGUUUCGAUUGAAAGAACACCAAAUAAAUAUAGUGAUAUAAUUGAUUUACUAUUAUCACCAGAUUUAGAGAUUGUGUCAUCAUUAUGUUCGACAACAUUAGUUAGAGAAACAGUACCAAAUUCAGUUCAUAUAUCAGAAUAUUUAAUUGUUUUUUUCGAAUAUCAUUGUAAUUUAAAAUCAUCAUAUAUAUUAAAAUGGGCUAUCGAUAAAGAAAUUGAAAAUACAUCCAAUUCAGCUACAUUAUUUAGAGGAUUAAGUACAGCAACAAGAUUAAUUUCAGCAUUUUAUAAAAGAGUUGGAGAAAGUUAUUUGAAAUAUUUAUUACAACCAUUUGUUAUUGAUCUUUGUAGUAGAAAUUUUUCAUUUGAAAUUGAUCCGGAAAAAGCAGGAAAGGGUGUAAAUAUUCAAGCAAACUUGGAAAAAUUAAUAACAAUUACUCAACAACUUUUAGAUAAAAUUUUAGAUUCUGUUGAUCAAUGUCCUUUACCAAUAAGACAAAUUUUAAAUCAUACACAAGAAAAAGUUGAAAAAAGAUUUAAAUCAAUGAAAACAACAGUAGUUGGUGGAUUUAUAUUUUUAAGAUUUAUAUGUCCAGCAAUUGUUGCACCAGAAGCAUUUGGAUUAAUACCUAGAGAAGAAGAACCAACCUCUGAAACUAGAAGAGGUUUAGUAUUAGUUUCAAAGUUACUUCAAAAUUUGGCAAAUGAAAUGCCAUUUGGUUCUGGUAUUAAAGAGGAAUAUAUGUCUUAUUUAAAUGAUUUCAUUACAAAUAAUUCAACAAGAAUUCAUGUUUUCUUUGAUAGUUUAGCUCAAGAUCCAACUCAACAACAACAACAAAUACAACCAUUACAACAACAACAACAACAACAACAACAACCUUCAUCAACUUCUACAAAUCUUAAUGCCACAAAUAAUAAUAAUAGUAAUUGUAGUAGUAACCAUACAAGUAGUAAUAAUAUUGGAAGUGGUGUAUCAACACCAAAGUUAACAAGUACACCAUUGGGUUCUGUUCAACAAUCAAGUGGUAACCAUAAUGAAGAUUCAAAUAGUAAUAAUAAUAAUAAUACUACUAAUACUACUACCACUACUAAUAAUAAUAAUAACAACAAUAUAAAUAAUAACAACAACAAUAAUAAUAAUAAUAGUAGUAAUAAUAAAUUAAAUUCAAUUAUAAUGACUGAGGAUUCAAUAACCGAUAAUUUAAAUGUACUUAUGAAUCAAAUCAUAGAAAAUAGAGAGAAAAUUGAAAAUUAUAUACAAGAGAAUGGAAAUAUAGAUUCAUCAUCUGAUAUUAUUAAAAGAUUGGAUACCUCAUUACAAGCUGCAAAACAAAAAGCAUCAUAUUUUAAUUUUUGGGGAAGAGGAAAAGAUAAGAGUAAUAUUAGCGGUAGUGGUGGUGGUGGUGGUGGUAGUAGCGGUGGUCCUACAACAAGUAAUGGAAAAUUAAAGAAAUCACCAUCUGCUGGAGUAGUUUCCAAUUCAAAUCAUAUUCAACAAUUACAAGAAAAAGAAAGAGAAAAAGAAAGAGAAAAAGAUAAAGAUAAAGAAAAAGAUAAAGAUAAAGAAAAGGAUAAAGAUAAAGAAAAACAUGCUAGUCAAAAGAAAUUACAAUUAAGUCAAUCACAACAUACUUUAGUAUUAGAUGGUAUAAGUACUAAUGGUGGUAAUAUUAAUAAUAAUAGCAAUAAUAAUAAAUCUCUUUUAAAAAAUCAGGGUCAAUUAUCAGAAGAAUUGGAAAUGAGAGAUCAAAAAGAAGUUGAUAAUUUAAAUUUAAUGGCAGAGAAUUCAAGAUUAAAAAAAGAAUUGGAAGAUGCAAAAUCAAGAAAUAAUUUAUUAAGAAAGUUGAGAGAAGAAUUAGAACGUGAAAAAAGUGAAAAAAAGGAAUUGAAAUUAUUAAUUAAAAGGUGUAAUGAUAGAUUGAAAUCAUUGGAUGAUCAAUUGGAUUUAAUUAAUGAUUUACAACCUUGGGUUGAUGAUAAUCCUCCAAGUGGUAAUCAUGAUUUACAAUCGUUGAUUGAAGAAACUCUUGGUGUUGGUGGUAGUUUAUCAAAUAGAAAGAAAUCAAAUUCUUCACUUGGUAUAUCAAAAGUUCGUGGUUAUGAUACUGCUCCAACAACUCCAACCAAUACAAUCUUAUCUUCUUCAACUACGAAUAUACCUUCAAUUACAAAUGCAAUGAUUAAUCAUAAUAAUAUUAAUGUUAAUAUUUGUGCUAUUAAUGGAAGUAAAGAUACUACUAGUAGUAGUACUUUAAUAUCUGCAACUUCAACACCAACAAUAUCAAUCGUUGAUAAUUGCACAACCGCUACAUCUUCAUUACAACCAUCACCACAACCAAAUUCUCAAUCUGUAAAUUUAAAUCAUUCAACAAAUUAUAUUCCACAUUUAGAUGUUUCUUGUGAUAGUAAUAAUAGUAGUACUACAAGUAGUUUUUAUAAUAAUCAAAAUAAUUUAAAUUCAAAUAACAAUAUAAAGAAAUCAUCAACAAAUCAAAGUAUAUCUGAAAGUUUAAUGUCUGAAAUUUCUGAGGCUGAUGAAAGUAAAUCUGGUAGUAAUAUUUCAAUUAGUAGUGCCACAAUUCAUUCAAAUAGUGGUGGUAAUAAUAAUAAUAAUAAUAAUAAUAAUAAUAAUAGCGGCAGCAAUGGUAAAGGUUCAAAUUCAACAUCAGGUCUAAGUAGAAAAAAUUCAACAACUUCUGAAAUGUCAAUGGCUGACCCAACAAAUUAUGAAAAUCAAAAUUUAAUAAUUCAAACUGUUGUAGAAGGUGGUGAAAUUUUAGAUGAUUCUGCUUGUGAUUUAUUGGAAUUCUUAAAAGAAGUUGCAUCAAAACAAGAAUUACAAAAAUCUAAAGAAAGACAAAGACUUCAAGAAGAAAAAGAAAAUAAAGCCAAAAAUUCUGUAUUCUUUAAAUUCUCCUCAAAAUUCUCUUCAAAAAGGAGAUCCAAAGAUGGAAAAAAUCAACCACUCUCUCCACCAUUAUCAUCACAAAAUAGUCAACAAGAAAAAGAUUCUCCAAAUUCUGGUGCAGCAUUAUCUUUAAAUAAUUAA